GCAUUAAUGGCUUGACCGUUGAGCCAGAGGAGUGAAGAUAAAGGCGCAACAGAUCGAUCGCAUUUCUUCGCUCCAAAAUCAACUGGAGCAGAAGAUUUAGAGCCGAUUCCAGCCGAUCAGGGCUUUAAAUUUCGCUCUAAAACCUGCAGAUGAGACAUUUCAGCUUCUGUUUGAAAGCAAUCUUUAUAUAAAAAUUGAAGAAGUCGAAAUCGAAGUUAGAGGUCUUAGUGGACCGUCUCAGUUCCGCUGCUGCUUCUGCCUGCAACGUAACCCAUCUUCAUGACUACAUCGCCGAAGAACAGUAGCAGGCUCUCCCUUGCCAUCGAGAGGACUGGAAAGUGGGUUUUCUCUCAAGAAAUCCCAUCAGACAUAACAGUCGAGGUCGGUGAAGCAAAUUUCUCUCUUCACAAGUUCAUGCUGGUUGCUAAGAGCGGCUUUAUUAGAAAGAAAAUAAUGGAGUCGAAAGAAGCAGACCUGACGAGGAUCGAUCUUUCAGGCAUCCCGGGAGGGCCAGAGAUCUUCGAGACGGCAGCCAAGUUCUGUUUCGGUGUCAGUUUCGAGAUCAACGUUCAAAAUGUUGCCGCCCUCCGCUGUGCCGCCGAAUAUCUUGAAAUGACUGAAAAUUACUUCGAGGGUAAUCUCGCCGGCCGAACAGAGGAUUUCCUCACCCACACUGCAUUAAAAACCUUCUCAGGCGCCGUUGCCGUCUUGAAAUCCUGCGAGCUUCUCCUUCCCUUUGCAGAAGAACUCAAGAUCGUUCAAAGAUGCGUCGAUGCUGCCAGUUCCAAGGCUUGUAUCGAGGCGAACUUCCCGAGUCGUUCCCCGACGAAUUGGUGGUCGGAAGAGUUAACGAUCCUCGACAUCAACUCUUUCCGCAGAGUACUUUCUGCUAUGAAAUCCCGUAACGCGAAAAUCCUAACCCUCGCGAACGCUCUGAUGACAUACACCGAAAGAUCCCUUCCGGAUCUCGUCCGGAAUCAUACCGGCAACGUCACAUCGUCGAAUCCUGACGACAAAGAACUCAGGAACCGGCAGCGUGACCUUUUGGAAUCCAUCGUCGCCCUCUUUCCGCAGGAGAAAGCGGCGUUUCCGGUGAACUUCCUCUGCUGCCUAUUACGAUCAGCGAUCUUCUUAAGCACUUCGAUCAGUUGCAAGAACGAGAUAGAGAAACGAAUCUCGGCGAUUAUGGAGCACGUCACCGUGGAUGAUCUCUUGGUUCUGACGUUCACUUACGACGGAGAGAGGUUGCUUGAUCUGCAGAGCGUUCGCAGGAUCAUCUCGGGUUUCGUUGAGAAGGAGAAGAGCGUGGCCGUAUUCAACGCCGGUGAUCUCGGUGAAAUCUGUUCUCCGGCGAUGCAAAGGGUUGCUAAGACUGUGGAUUCGUAUCUUGGUGAGAUUGCAACCUAUGGAGAACUCAGUAUUUCUAAGUUUAAUGGUAUCGCGAAUCUGGUUCCCAAGGCAGCGAGAAAGGUCGACGACGAUCUCUAUCGAGCUGUGGAUAUCUUCUUGAAGGCGCACCCGACAUUGGACGAGAUAGAGAGGGAGAAGGUCUGCAGCGUAAUAGACGCUCUAAAGCUCUCCUACGAAGCUCGUGUUCAUGCCUCCCAGAACAAACGGUUACCUGUCCAGAUCGUACUCCACGCCCUCUACUAUGAUCAACUAAAGCUAAGAAGUGGUGUUGACAACGGUAACGUGAACGACGCCGUUACAACUAGGAACCAAUUACAAGAUGUAUCGCUGCUCAAGGAGAACGAGGCACUAAAAUCAGAGCUGGUGAAGAUGAAGUUGUACCUUUCAGACUUGCAGAAGAAUCAAGGGAGCUCCUCGGCCAAGGGAGGACGACCCAAGAAACCAUCCUUCAUCUCAUCGGUGUCCAAGACUCUAGGGAAGUUGAAGUUGAAUCCUUUCCGGAAUGGAUCGAAGGACACCUUAAACAUCGAUGAAGGGAUUGAUGUAACAAAGCCUCGGAGGAGAAGGUUUUCCAUUUCUUAAACUUCCUUAUUAGUGAGUGGGAUUUACUAUAAUCAUCUGGUUUGUCUUUGUUGAUUAUCAACUUUUAUUGUACUUUAUUGAAGAUAAAACUCAUAUUAUUAGUGUGUGGGAGCAUUGACUAGGGCGAUUAUUAUAAGUUGUGUGUUUGAAUUUUUUGUACAGCUGGUCGAUAUUUACUCUUUGAAAAUGGGAUCAUGAAAAAAAACUGUUAAGACGAUGAAUAAAGUUAAUUUGGGAUUUGGAUCCUCUUCAGCUC